UCAGGACCAGGAAGUGUUUAUUCACCGGCGUCUGGAGUUUUUCUAAUUUUUUCUGAAAUAACAAACAUCGAUCAUGAGUUUGGACUCAACAGAACCGAACCUCAGCCUCAGCAGCGUCUCUGCUUCUGGUGCCUCUGGUUCUGUAUCUGCAGCAGCAGCAGGGGGGAUCUUCAUCGCUGUUGUUUCCAGUUUCAUUAACGGAUCCACUUUUGUUCUCCAGAAAAAAGGAAUAAUCCGCUCAGUUCACAGAGGUGGGUCUUACCUCACAGAUGUGCUGUGGUGGAGUGGAACAGUGGCCAUGAUAGUUGGUCAGGUUGGAAACUUUGUGGCAUAUAACAUGGCUCCUGCUGUUGUAGUGACUCCACUGGGCGCUCUGGGAGUUCUGUUCGGUGCUGUUCUGGCCUCGUGGAUCUUACAGGAACACUUAAACACGUUGGGUAAACUGGGCUGUGUGUUGUGUUGCUGUGGCUCAGUGAUGCUCAUCAUUCACGCUCCUAAAUCUGAGGCUGUGACGACCAGACUGGAGCUGGAGGAGAGACUCUCUGACCCAGUGUUUGUGAGCUUCUGUGUCCUGGUGCUGGUUCUGCUGGUGGCUCUGGUGGUGUGGGUCGCUCCAGCUCAUGGUUCCUCAAACAUCAUGGUGUACGUGUCCAUCUGUUCUCUGCUGGGCAGCUUCACAGUCCCCUGUAGUAAAGGUCUUGGUCUGGCAGCUCAGGACGUGUUUGGAGAUGAAGGUGUGAGCAGCAGCAGCAGCAGAGCUACAGUACUCUUCCUGGGUCUGCUGGUGACACUGGUCCUCAGCGUCCUGGUCCAAUUCUUCUUCAUCAACAAAGCUCUGGAGCGUUUCAGUUCCAACAUGUUUGAGGCCAUCUACUACGUGACCUUCACGUCCACCGUCAUCCUGGCCUCAGCUCUGCUCUUCAGGGAGUGGACGUUGCUGACAUUCACAGACGCCGUCGCCAUGACGUGUGCGCUAUCCACUGUGUGUGUCGGAGUGGUUUUACUGCGGAUUUCACACGAGGCCGAGAUCACGUGGAAGAAGAAGGAAGGACGAGAAAAGAGGGACUGACUGACAUGUUUAUUUAAAUCCUUUAUACUUGAAUAGUAAUGCAUUUUUUCUUACGAAAAUGUUUUAAAUUCACUUAUUACUGUGUAAUCUGCUUUUAAUCCAGUUUUUAUCUUAUUGUGACAAAUGUGACUCAUGUUCAUGCAGGACAGUUUCAGGUUCUGGAAGUCCAGACUACGUUAGACCAACGCCCCCUGCUGGUGAACUAACAAACUACCUGUCUUUAACUAUUCAUUCGUCUGCUGCUACAAAAUAAAGUCUCAGUAUGAAUUAUGAA